GCGUCGCUAUGGUAACAUGUAACGAUUAGCUCGUUAGCAGCAGCUUUUCGUCUUCGUCUUUUGUUGUAGAAAUAAAGUAAAAUGACGGGCUCGGACACAUAUCUCAUACGACCGAAUCACCAGCACAAGUUUAAGCCGACCAUAGUUAAGGAGUGUAUUCGUGAAGUUGUGAGGGAGAGACUGUCCGGAGUGCAGUAUGACCCAGAAGAAGUACCCGAGCUCUCCCGUUCACUUGCGGAGCGUAUUAAGGACAAAGUGAAUGAUUCUGGGUUUGACAGAUAUAAGCUUGUGGUGCAGGUAGUCAUUGGAGAACAAAGAGGACAAGGAGUCAAGAUGUCUUCAAGGUGUUUGUGGGAUGCUGACACAGACAACUAUGCUGAAGAUGUUUUCAUGAAUGACAGCUUGUUCUGUGCAGUGGCAGUUUUUGGAAGCUAUUACUACUAAGGACUAAAGGAUGAAUGAAAGUUCCUUCAACUGAAGAUGUUGGGUAACAUUCAAACAAGACUGUUUAUUGUCACCCUCUUGGAGCGGUGAUUUGAACUGUGGUGCGCCUGUAGCUCUCACUUCACACAGACAUUGUCCAGUGUACAGGCAAUGAUAUCUGUGCUGAUGCUUACAGGGUUUUAAAUAAAGGACUUACUGGAAUCACCUAACUUCCACUUCUUUGUGAUGAUCAAGUAAUGAAGCUUUUUUUCCUUCAAUACUUGUUCCAUCACCUUGAAAGUUUGGGAAUUUGUGCCAGAAAUACCUACUGUAGUUCUACACAAGUCUCAAAAAUGCAAAGUACCCAUAAAUCAGUAUUUCUGUCAGGUAACAUAAUUAAUUCAGGUUAUUAAGAUUCUUUGUGUUGAUAAGAAUUAAAAUCAUCGUAGAAGACAGUAGCAGUAGUAUCACGUAUUUUAGAAUAGGUACAACUGCGUAACUGACUGAAUGUGAUCUCUGUUUGUUUGAAAUGGCAGUGUGGCGGCAGUUGUUUUUACAACCACAAGUUUGUUGGUUUGGAUUUGGAAGCUUUGCACCACCUUCCUCGGGUAUUUUAGACCACCUUUAGGGGUGGCUUCCAUUCCAUCCCGGAGCCUCCAACCCCCACUUGGUACAGAUGAUUCUGUUUCUUAUGUCAGUAACUUGGUGGUAGCAUUCCAUGUAUACUUUACCUGCCGGCAUCUUAUUCCCCACUGGGAUGUCCUGCACUGUCUCAGGGGCAUCUUUGCACAUUCUGAACCUUGGCUCCUGUCAGAUACGGUAGACCUGGUCUCUAUCAAUUCUAUGCUUAGGGCCUGUUCUUAUGCAGCCAUGAUUAGUGCCGCUAUGCUAGAAUUCAGCAUAGGCUUUUCUAGUCAUUAUGUUUUUCUUAUCAGCCACUUCCUCAAUCUGCCAAGGCUUGUCCUUCCAGAACAACUCCUCUGGCUCCUCAGUUUCUACUGGCUAAGAUAUUCAUUAAGCAGGCUGUCACUGUGGGCCGUCUUUCAGAUGUAUUCUGCAAAAGUUAGACAUAACUGUGACAUAACUCUGCCAUAACUACUAGACUACCAGCACCCCAACGACACUAUUUUUGGAUUAAUUUUGUAUUGUGAUUAACCUCAAAAUGUUUCUCUAAACUUAAGUAUCGAGAAUCGAUUUAGAACGGUACUUUGAAGGCUGUAACAUCAUUUAAAAUGUAUCAAACUGUAAUUUGAUAAACACUGAAUACACUUCCGUUAUGUUGUAGAAUAAAUGAGUUAUCAUCACAUUCAACACAGGCAGAUCUACCCAUAGCAAAUGACAUUAUGUAGUAUUUUGAUAAUUUUGUCACAAGAACCUCAUUGUGUUCAAACAAGAAGUUACUUACAAUGAAUUUCAAGGUUUUAGCUCAGUUAGAUGAGUUAUACUCAUUCAGUUGCAUAGGCAAAACCAAUAUGAUGUGCUACCCGAAGUGACCCAGAUUAGAUUGGUGCUGUGUGUGGGCUGAAAGGUCAGUUGUCAUGUUGCUGUUAAGUGGACGAGGCUGUUCUACAGUAGGCUUCCUCUGGAACUGUGAUCCUGAUGUAGCAGGAUAUGCCUCCCAAAAAAUCUGCUUGAGUGGUUUUCUUUGUUCCUUUGUCAGAUUGCUCAGUUGGCUCUGCUCUAAAUAAGAGUUUGGAUGUCCUCCAAUCAAUCUCUUUUUCUCUUUAAUUUUCUUCUUCAGACCAUUUUUUGUUUUUGAAACUCUCUCAGAGAUGGAGUUGGGAACUGAAAAGGUCACUGAGACUGGAUUAAACUUGUGUCUCCACAAACAAAGCUCUACCUCUUUGUCAUGACCUUGGACAAGAAUGAGUUCACUGUUAAGCAUGUCAGGUGUAGCAUAUUAACUAAGACCGAAGAUGUUUUAAGCAGAACACAAUCACUAAGUUGUUACAUGGUGAAAUAAUUAUUCAAAUAUUACUGAAAUUAUGCUCAAAAUAGCUAAAUUAUAUUAAAAAAAAAAAACAGCAAUUAGAAUAAAAUCUCUGCAUGUCUCCAUUCAUCCUGUUUGGGCUUUUUGCCUCUUUGUGGAAUCAGGAGUCUUAAAUUCAUAAAAGACCCUUUUCAUUUCAGAAUGUCUUUGACAA